CCGACACACACACACACGGCAUUUUUCGGACUGCCAGCGCCCUGAGUGCGCACCUCGACUCGGGCAGCACACACUCGCCUGUCGGGAGCGGCACAGACCAUGGGUUCUAUGCUUCGCAGCUCCGCCACGGCAGCGUACCUCGUGCUGGCCGCCCUCUUCUUCUCCGCGGCCGCGUUUGCCAACCUCAACGACCCCGACCCGCUGUGGUGGGUGGUGGCCUACGUUGGCGGCGGCGUGGCGCUGCCCGCUGCGCAUGCGCUCGAGAGCCGCCCUGCCCGACGCCGCCAGCUGCUCGGCGCCGCGGCCGCGCUCGCCGCGGCCCUCGGAGUGGUGAUAUCCGUAUUCUCUGGCCGGCUGUGGCCGCGGCUCGACUUUGGGCUGCCGCUGGGUGCGCUCGCGUGGUCGGCGCUCGAGGAGGAGGAGGGGCGCGAGGCGGUCGGCCUGACGCUGCUGCUGCUGCACGUGCUGCUCGUGGCGUCGCUGCUGCUGCCCGAGGGCGAGGGCGGCGGCCGCAGCAGCCUCGUUUCGGCCGGCGCCAUGCUGGCCCUGGGCGGGGCGGUGGUGGCUGCCAUCGGCGCGUGGGUCUUUGCUCGGCCGGACAUGAUCGCCAAGCAAGGCGUGGCGCACUGCGAGGGCGCGUUUGGCGGGCUGUCCCAGCUGCUGGGCUUCUGAUGAGGGUGUGCGGCCAGCGGCCAGCGCCAGCGGUGCUGGCGUUGCGGCAAACUCGAGGGCGGCGCCGCGUCGGUACGAGAUCUCGCUCAUGUCUAUGACCAUCAGUUGUGAACUUUGCAAGAACGCUGAAAAAUGUUGUGCGGCGUACCUUAAGGUAUGUAGACCUAUGGUGCAUGUGUUGUACUGUACUGUGUUG